UUAUUACGAGUGUCGCGAAGGUCGCGAAGUAGAAAGUUGACAACCGAUGGUUUCGUUGCGAGGUCAUGGGCAUCGUUAAUUAUUUACCUCUGUCUGCGAUUCGUUUACUCACGUCAUACACGAGGUUAGGUCUCAUCGUUCCUGUCGUUCCCUAUAUCCGAGGGGUUUUCAAAGUCGCGCGACGGUGGAUGACUGAAGUCAUCUAAUUGCGUCUAACUGUUGCGUUUAAGCGAAAUGCUGUCAGUUAAGAAUACCGCUACGUUGCCUUAACGAAGAUCAUUAAUAUCGCAACCGAAUCCUCAAACGUUCAUCAUGUCAACAUCAACAAAGGCGACACAUGUGUGUGUAUCAGCAAAGUCGCAUGAAUUUGUCGUGCCAAAAAAAUGCGUCAAGACGCCAAGUGAUCUGGCACUUUGGGAAAAGUCAGAAGCUUACUACGAAUACCUGGGAUUUAUUUUAGCCCUGAACGGGGCUGUUCAAGGGACGGCCUUGGACGCACAGUGUCCACAGUCACUUGUAAUAAACAAUGUUGUACAAAUGUUGAACAAAUUUGACGAAUGGAUAACAGAAAUUCCACCUACCGAACAGCCCCAGCGAUUUGGCAACAAGUCUUUUCGCACGUGGCAUGAGAGACUACAACAGAAUGCUGUAGAGAACGUGAAACAAGUAUUGCCAGAGGAUUUGCAUCGUGCGAUCCCAGAAAUAGUGCAGUAUUUAUAUGAAAGUUUUGGGAAUCCAACUCGCAUCGACUAUGGAACAGGCCACGAAAUGGCUUUUCUCAUGUUCCUCUGCUGCAUGUUCAAGAUUGGCGCAUUUGAGGACAGUGAUAAGAUUGCCGUUGUGAUAAAAGUGUUUAAUAGGUAUCUGGUAUUGGUGCGCAGACUUCAGAUAAUAUACCGUAUGGAGCCAGCGGGUAGUCACGGUGUUUGGAGCUUGGAUGAUUAUCAAUUUGUGCCCUUCAUAUUGGGAAGCGCUCAGCUUAUUGGACAUCCACGGAUAGAACCACGUCACUUUGUGGACCAAGGUAUCGUGGAAUCUUACAGCAAAAAAUACAUGUUUCUUGGCUGCAUCGAGUUUAUCUCAAAGGUGAAGAUAGGACCUUUCCACGAGCAUUCAAAUCAGUUAUGGAAUGUUAGUGCGGUGUCUUCGUGGUCGAAAGUGAACAGUGGUCUUAUUAAGAUGUAUCAAGCGGAGGUGUUGGCAAAGUUUCCCGUUAUCCAACACGUUUUCUUUGGUUCUCUGCUACCUUUGAGACCAAUGGCCGCGCAGUGCUCCAGUCCGCGCCAUGUUCCGACGUACAGAAGCACUCCUGUUGGCAACAACGAGCCACCGCCACCAGCGACGCCGCUAUGAAAAUUACAUGCAUAAUAAAUAUUGUUACCGUGGACUAUUUUACCACGCUUCCCAGUAUUUAUUAUAAAAUUGUACAUUAUAUAUUAUUAUUGCCUCUCGCUCCCUCCAUUCUAUGACACUUUUAUCAACUUUUAACUUUUAACCAUUUCUCUAGCUUGUCAGAAAUUAUAUUUGUUACGAAGAGAAAUUAUCUUAAUAUUUUGUUAAGAACGAUAUAAAAGUUAUGAUAUUUAAUGACUUGAUGCGAAUUCGAUUAGAAAAUUAGUACGAUGUGCUCAAGGAUUCUGUAAGCAUUGAUUUGCUCUUGAUAAAAGUAAUGAAUUUA